AUGGGAAAUCGUCGUCGCCAGUCAGCACUCACCAAGUCGAUCCAGGCUGGGCUGCUCCGCGACCCAGACCGCUUCAAGAAGACAGCCUGGGGCUACCUGAUUGCAUUCUUCACCUUCCAUCGAAUCAAACUUGUUCGGUUUAACGAAAAUCUCUUUGCUAAGCUUCGCCGAGAAAUAUGGAAGUUCAACGAGGAUGAAUACCAGGCGAGCUUCCGUACAACGAGUGGCCAGCCACCACUGGAAACCAUGGGGGAUCUGGGGUAUUCGGGCUCGACAUUCUUCGGAACCUUGGACGGGCACUUCGUUAUCAAAAGUCUUCCACGCCGAUUUGAGCACACAUUUUUCCAAUCCGAUCUACUUGAGCCAUAUUAUGAUUAUAUGCACGAUCACCCAGAUUCUAUCCUUGUAUGGAUAACUGACUACCUCAUUUCCCCCUAUGUGACUCUCGGUACAAUCUUCGGCUGCACCCCAGCCCAUCAUAUCGUCAUGGAGAACAUUCUCUGUGGGCAAGCCGAUGACCCACGUGGCCAGAGCUGGGAAACUUACGACCUCAAGCCAAUCGACUAUUUCUAUCCGGAGCGUGACUUGCUCCCGGCACCCCUCGUGAGUGAGGCUACCUUGAGCAAGCUAGCAGACACAUUCAACGACAAGCUCCAUCUUUGGAGAAAGGACUACGAGGCGUUCAUAAUGGCCAUGAAGGAGGAUACCAAGUUCCUGGCAGACGCCAAUGCGGUUGACUAUUCACUCUUCCUUGUGCGGAUCCCGGCUGCCUCCAAUCCUACAGCGCUGGGAAGACAAAGUCCCUGGCGGGCGGGAUUGCCUUCUGCGGACGGCAAAUGGAAAUAUCGUGCUGUGGUACUCGACUUCUUCUGGGCUCGACAUAAGCUACAUGCACAGGCCCUGACUGGGGUGGUACAAACGUUUAAUGUCGUGGGCCGGAAAGGUCAUAUGUCUAUUACCACUACGGCCAGUGACUAUCGCCAGAAAUUCUUGGCAAUGGUUGAAGAAAUGAUUCAAGUGCAUUGA